UUACAAAGAUAGCUGAAACAGUGUAUGUGUUCGGCAUGAGCGUGCAGUCGAAACAAUCACCAGAGCGCGUGAAAGGUUAGGGAAAGUUGUUUACUGAAGUUGGUGAAGCAUCGGCGGCUACAGAAUGGGAGAAGUUAUGGUCUAUAUAAACGAUAAUCCUCGUCAUCGUGUGGUUUCAAAUCGAAUUGAUAUAGAGAAAAGGAAUUUGAUGGUCAUCGCACGACAUGACAAUGGAUUCUUUUAUCCUGGGAACAUAGCGGAAAGCUGGGGCAAACCGGAAGAAGCGGAGGUGAACUUUUACCAGUGGGGUCGGAAACGUGUUCCACGGUACAAUAUAAUAACAAUUGGUGGGGCUGUACCCUGGCCGAAUCUUCAUGUGUGGGACUACGUUUUGACGCGGAUGAGAGUGUUGGGACCGAGUGGUAUGUAUAUACAGUAUAUGCCGGGCCGAGUCUGCUACGUGCCUCGUCUCCCGCCCCUCGAACACAGAUUCUACGCUGUCAGAAUUUACAAUGGAAAAAUCGUCGAUAAGAAGCGAAAACUCCUAGUAAAGAUAUCGAAAUCUAGGUACCUGGAGCUGCUCGACUUCCUCCAGUCGGUCCCAGAAAAAAAGAAAAGGAAAAAAAGAAAAGCAUCUCCUCCGCCAUCGCCAAAGGAAAGUACAGAUGAGUCUGAUGAUCCCAAAGUAAAACCGGAUAAGCCUCGGUGUAAGCAGGGGGACCUCACUAAAAUUGAGAAGGCUAUUCAGACAGUUAGUACAACGAUCGAAGAAACUGGAACCAAAAUUGAAAAUAAGAUGCAGAUAAUAGGUGCACAAAUGGAUAGCAAAACAUGUCAAACAAACGUUGAAAACAUAAACACAACAAUCACAUUAGUUGGUAAGGAUAUAAAAGAGGCAGUAGAAGAGACCAGUAGGAAGAUUUCAGAAGGAACUCGUACUACCGCCGACAAAAUUGACGAGCUUAAGAAACACAUGAAAAAGAAAAAAACUACAAAAGACAGUCCUAUUCCGUCGCCUACUCCAUCCCCAACACCCGUCCCUCAACGCAAAUCGGAAGGAGAAGAAGAAGAAGAAGGAAAGGAAGAAGAAGAAGACUUAAGGAAAGGUCAGGAGGUCUUGGCACGAUGGUCUGAUGACGGAUGGUAUUAUUUUGGGCUGAUAGAAAGUAAGGAAAAAAAGAAAGAAGAAAGUAAGGGAAAAAGUAAGGGAAAAGGUAAGGGAAAAGGCAAGGAUGAAAGUAAGGAAGAAAUUAAGGAAGAAAGUAAAGAAAAGGGUAAGGAAGAAAGUAGGGGAAAAAGAAAGGAACAGAAUAAAGAUACAAUAUGUUGGAUGGUAAAGGACAGCACCGGGCACACCGAAUACAUACAGCGGAGAAACAUACUAACAGAAGAGGAGCGAAAACAGCAAAUAAUUCAGAAAGAUGAUCAUGUUAUUGCUCCACAUCCUGACUACUACUGGAGUUAUGCUCCGGGACGUGUUAUACAAGUGUUCAAAAAAAGAGUAAAUGUGGUUUUCUUUGAUGAUCGUCACGAGCGAAUUAAAAUCAAAGACGUAUACAAAAUUUCGCAAGAGCAAUAUCACGACGACGUUAUUACAAUUCAAGAAUGCGAAGAGGAAUUAAAGGAAGCAGACGCCGUAAUGUUAGAUAAAACGACUGGGAAAUAUAUUCCAGUGACUGUGCGGGCUCCAACAGGGCAGCAAUGGUUCAAGAUAUUCGACCCAAACACGAGACAGAGGGGCAACCUCAUAUUCCCAAAUGAUCUAUUACCUGCCAGUGAUCAUCUGCACUGGAAGUACACUCUGGCUCCUGUAAAGGGUCGCAAAGACAUAUAUAUGCCCGCAAGAAUACGAAGGACCAAACCGCUAUAUUUCAUCGUCCAAUUUUGUGAUAAACAGAGGCCGACAGAUUGGGUGGCGAAGAGCGAAUGCUUUUAUCUCAACAAGGCGUACUACGACUUUGCUGUUAAAUUUUAUCAGCACAAAAUAAAACAAAGUAAUAGUGCUCGAUAAAACCAAAAACAGCUAGCAAGCGACGGAAACUUUCCGUAAAGUACAUCUUAAAAACAAUAGAGCAGGGGCUGGAUUCAAUAUCCACCCUAGAAUUUACUAUAUUUUAUUUUUAGAAUCGAAGCGUUUUGAUUGGACUGUAAAAAUAAUUGGCCUAUGGACUCAAUGGAAUCAAUGAGGCGUAUCUAAGGACAUGAGUAAGAAUGAUAUUUAAUACGCCUCAGUAAUUGCAAGGAAACGGAUUCCAUUACCACGGCAUAAACUGAUUCAUUACUGCGUGUUAUAUACUGUUGAACCAAGGUUUCCCAGAAUGGAAAGAUGUUUCUUUUCAAACGUUAUCACAAUUGACUCAUGAAAGUAUGUGAAAAACAGCAUCAUUCACUUUAUUGAAACCACAUAAUUGAUUGGGCUGUCAUUUGCAAUAUUUGGAAAUUUGUAGAUUUUGUUUUGUAUUUUAGGAAAAUAACUGCUGACACAUAUAUAUUGUAUGACUCUAACUUUUUAUAUUUUGUUUA